CUUACUGUCAGUGAGGGUGGGUGAAAGUCGGCCGCGCAUGCGCACAGCUGUCACUUCCGCUAUCGGGGGGAUACCGGAGCGAUGGUGAGUGAGAGGGCAGGCUGUCCCGGGGGAGCCGGGGGCAGAGCGCUGCGGGGAGGCAGGGUGAUGCAGGGUGACCCUGGGCCCUCUAGCUGUGGUUCUAAGGCUGGGGAGUGCCUGUGAGCGGCCCCUGGGUGUGCAUGGGCCCGGUCACUGAGUAUUAACAGAGGGGAGAGCUUCCUGUGAGCCGCCUCUCCAAAUAUUAAAGGGACACUAUAGCCACCUGCACAGCUACAGCUUAAUGAGGGUGUUCAGGGGAGAUCUAUAGCUCCCUGCAGGCAAUCUAAUGUAAACACUGAAUUUUCAGAGAUAAUACAGUGUUUACAUUGAUAGGAAUACCUCCAGUGGCCGUCACUCAGAGUGAACCAGAGGGACUUCCUAUCAUGUAUGGCUCUAACAAGGCCGUGUACACGUCAGACGUACUAAAAUCCCCUGUAUGCGCGGUAGUGCGCUCAGGACUUCAGAGGGCGGCAUGAAUGUCUCCCUCUGAAGUAUAUGCGCAUGUGUGGUGAAGCUGCGCAUGCGCACAAGGGAGCAGUGACGCUUCCAAAUGGAAGUGUCUGAUUGCUCGUGCCCGCCUAUUUCGUCACUUUGACAAAAUAGGGGGCGCGGUUUCACGAGGCUCCCGACACUGGAACCAGGUGAGUAAAAUCCUCUGCCUGGAGAGUCCUUUUAAUAUAUACACACCACUAAGGGACAGUAUGAGGCACUACAACCACUGUGGGUCGCUUGUCCUACCAUACAUAGUCAGUCUAGGCUGAGCAUUAUGAGAAGUGUAGUCCAAAAUGGCUGGAGUGCCAAAAGAUGGCAUUUAAUUGGCUCAUUAGGGUUACUAGAACCAUGUUUUCCUGGACACACAUCACUUUUUAUGCAGAUGGGCAGAACAUUAAAAGUGCUGCCCCAUCUAUUAUAUGAAGCAGAAUCAAUGUCGUACUAUAUUCAUUUAUCUCCACCACUGCAGCAUUGACUGCUGCCUACUGUAAUUCAACUAUCCUUAUUUUACUUGCUUUGCCAUACUGGCAUGAAAUGUAUCCAGAAUAUAAAGAUGGAUUUGCCAUCUCUAGGCCAGAUGAUUGAUAAAGCGAUGUAUAUUGGAAUGUUAUUGACCAGGGAAAAAAUAUGAUACAUGCACACUCAUUUCUUCUACCUUACUCUAACUCACAAACUAAAAUGCCAGAUGGCAAUUAAAGGCAGAUUUUUGACUAGGCAUGUACUCUUGUAGGGUGACAGAUCGGUAUGUAUGGUUCGAUUUUUGCCAUAUUGGUGACGGCUUAGCAUUUGUGCAAGUAGAUUGUUGCUUAACUGUUAAUAAACAGUAAAAUUGGGCACAAAUGCAUUUCAGGUUGUAUGAAUGAAUCCAGUUUCUUUUAAUCUACUCCCAAAUGAAUUGAUCAGUCCAGACUUAUCCGUGGCGUUAUAUUCUUUGAAUAAAACUGCUUAGGUGAAUCCUAGAUGGAUUGUUUUUUUUCGCCUGUAGAUUAUAAGCAAUGUAAUGGAUUUAUACAAACUUAAAUCCAUUUUGUAUGAGUCUACUAACCAGACAAGCAAGUAAUUAGUAGUGUUUUUGCUUUGUUUUUUCCUUUCAUGGAAUAGCCUUGUUCGACCCAAUGUUAGAUUUGUAAAAUUGGCUGAGGGACACCUUCUUAAAUUACUAAACACCUUGAUUAGACUCUUUCUUGUGGCUAAAGGUAUCUGUAUUAGAGCAUGCACUAUAAUAUGGUAAACAAUAAUUAGUUGGCAAGUAAUUCUUGCACAAAUAAAUUACUAGCUAAUUUUCAACGUUGGGUUGUUUUUGCCAUUUUUCUUGUAGAGAAGGGUAUCCCUUUUUAUUUAGGAAGUUGCAUGAACUAAUCAACAAGGAACCAUAUUUUUAUUUUCUUCUUCAGUUUGCUAAAUGUUUUGUUUUUUGCAUUCAAUGUGACAUUUGCUAUGCCACAACUUCCCAUCCUGACCCAUGUAAAAGGAUUACCAAAUUUAAAGGAACACUAUAGAAAUAGGAAGACAAGCCUAGCGGUGGAUUUAACCCUGCAAUGUAAACAAUGAGGAAGUAUUAGCCAAAGCAGCAAUGGGUGGAUUGGCUGAGAGUGUUAACUGACCGCUUUCAGUCUAUCUCGGUGUCCAUUGCUUGUAAGGCUAGAACAAACCUGGCAGUCUUGAUACUGUUCUGAUCAUCAUCACUUCCCCCAAAGAAACAUUGAGGGGCUACUGUGCAUGUGCUGUAAUCGCCGUGCUGUGCCUUUCAGCAUCUUCUCAUAGAUCUGUGUCACCUCAGUGUAUCUCUAUGGGGAUCAUUUGGACUCAUGAAGACUCUGAACAUUGGUCCUAUAAAGGAGACGUCCUUCUAGUGGCUAUGUUAACAGCCACUAGAUGUGUAAACGCGGUAAUUUCUCAGAAAAGGCUGUGUUAACUAGCCUAGUGCAAAAAUGUAUUUGAGCUGGUUCGUCCAAAUCAAAUUGCUUUUGAUUCACUCCCAGACUAAUCAGUUUGUUUGGAUGUGGCUUAAAAGGAAUUUGAACCCAUUCUAAUGUUUGCAUAAAUCUAGUGUUUACAUUGCUCAGACUUCAGGAACAGUAUCUUUGUGUUAGAAUCACUACAUUAAAAGAACCCUAUAGUGUUAGGAAUUUAAAUCUGUAAUCUUAAAGCUUUAUUGCCCUGUUGGCAGGUUAGGUGACCUGCUCCCAACUGCAUGGAGUAAAAUGGGUUUUUCUACUUGCCUUUUCUCCCUCGCAGCACUGGUCUCCGCAUGGAAGCUCUGUCUCCUUGGCUGAGAUCACGGAAAUUAAUUAUCUCAGCCAAUCCAAUGCUUUCCUAUAGGAAAGCAUUGGAGAUCCAUUUCAUUGCAAAAUACAACACAGUGCCAGUCAAAUGGUCUGAGUGACAGCCACUAGAGGCAAUGAAAACAUUGCUGAUCUGCAGAAGGUAAUGUUUUUAGUUGCAGGGUUAAAACAGGGGGGCAUAUGGCAACCAGACCAUUUCAUUGAUAGGAAGCAUGCUUUAAGCUGUAAUGAUUCUGGUGCUUAGAGUGUCAUCUCUAUUAGUCUGGAUUAAUGUGAUGUUUCUAUUUUACGGAUUUUUCUGACCUUUUAAAAUGGUAUGGGAACUAAAUUUGGGUCCUGAUACAGAGUUUUCUGGGCCUUUAAUAUCAUUACUAUGAAUUCUUAGAAUGAUUGGCAGUUUAAUCUUUUCCAUUUUUACUAUAGGUAUGUGAGUGGCAGCUUUAGUUCAUUCAUUCAUUCAUUGUGUGUCACAUAUGCAUGCCUGAUGAGAAGUCAUGCUUUUAUAAAAGAUACAUAGGCCAGUAUUGCUUAAUACUUACUUUACUUAUCCACAAUAGCAGUGCAGAAAUAAUACACACAAAGGAAAAAUAUCAUACAGGUUUACUUUCAACGAAUCCUGACACAGUACCUUGUAUAAGACCAAGCACCAUCCCCAAUACUUCCUCUUUCUAUAACAGCGAACAGAUUAACAAAGGCCAACAAAAUAGAAACGCGUGAUUGGGACCCCAUCACCUCUGCUUCCGGAAAAUUGAGCAAAUAAACAGUCUAUUGGUCUGAACAGAAUUUCUGAACAUGUGCUAUUUUUUUUUCUUUUUUCAUAAAGGCAACAGAUUUAUAACUUUUUUUUUGCCUCUCUUUACCUAGCUGAAAAGUGGUUUAUUUUACUUCUCUUUUCCUGCCAGUGCAAAUGUGACAUCAUCCAAAAUGGACAUUUCUGUGAAAACUGGCAAAAUAUUUUACUAAAAGAAAACAAUCACUAUUUAGAUCAUUUUAAUAAAUACAAUCAAAAUAAUGGUGGUAUUUUAUGAACACUUCAAUAAGUAGCUCUGAAUUUAGAUUAGGAGAGUCUUCUGAAAUUAUUUACUAUUAUGCAGCCAAUUAAAUCUUUGUAACUAUUCUCUGCUUAAUAAAUUCCGUACAACAUGGCAAAUGUUUAUAAUUUUGGCUAAGAAAGUCUUGCUGGAUAAGAGGCAUAGGUUUUUUUUUGUGAAGCAUUGUAGAUGGUAUUUGCAAUCCUGUUUGGACAUGUUGAAACAGCUGUGAGUCACAUCCUUUAUUAUGAAUCUUUGAAAUUUGUCUAGUAGUACUCCCUUAUCAGAUUGGCUGUGGGGAAUAUCUGUGAAUACCUUAGCUGAAUUCUUUUGUUCUUACUGGUACUAUUACUGCUUUUUGCCCUCCUGAUUAUGUUAUCGAGGUGUUUUUUGUUUACAUUAGGUAUUUGCCAUACAAUGUUUGGGGCCGAAGUCUUAAAAGUGGAGCUGUCAGAAUAUUCCUUUGAUUUCCUUGGUGAUCACUUGACUUUAUAAAUAACCUAUACAGUCUGUUUAUAGAACGUAUGCAUUCAUUGUGAUAUACCAAGAGUGAUUUCUAAAAUGAAACUAUGGUGUUAGCACCUUUUUGAUGUAUCUUUCUUGAAAGCCAGGUAGCAGGGAAAAAAAUUGUGAAGGGUUAACAUAUUCAACGUCAAACUGUAUUUGUGUAGUUAGACAACUUACCUGGGUACCCACACUGCAUCCAGUCCUCUCAAGCAGGAGAAACCAGAUGCCGUCACUAUAAGCUCAUUGGCGUGCUCCCUCGACUAAUGAGCAUGCUUCUGCAUUACAUGUUCUUUGCACUACAGAGCAAUUCAGCAUCUCUUGUUGGAUCAGCCGGAUGCAGCGUGGGUGUCCAUCAGAUCCCUGAAAAGUGUCAAACUGUGCUGAACAUUUUUGACAUCUUACUGUGAGACAGUGCAAAAACACUACUGACACUGUAAACAUUACAGUGGGCUGUAGUGGUUAUGGUGUUUGAAGUAUGUUGUUUUUUUUUUUUUUCCCACAUCUUUUAUAGUUUUUGUUUAACAAUGUGAUACUUCAUACAUCAAAAAGACAGUCUAGUUUAGGUUUCUCAAAUAUAUUGAGGGGGAUAGAUCUUGGAUCAAAUGAAAAUGAAUGGAUUUUGAGUGGUGCAGUCUUUCACUGUUAUUGUUGCUGAUGUAUUUUACCAUUCUGCAAUGAGACAAUUCUGGGCCAGAUUCCAGUUCCUAACAUUAGUGCUUCAAAGUAGAAUACAAAUGAAAAUAGCUUCCAUCAUGGCUAGAUCAGCCUGUUCCUAAAAUAGAACAUGUGGUUACGUUUGUGCUGAUGCUGUGCUUUUAUUCUUUUUAUAUAUUUUUUUCUGUAAUUUUUGAGUACUGGUAGGAAGUGUUCUUCAGCGUUGUUUCCUCAGAGAUCAGAUUUGAGUUUAACCCCAUCAUUACAUGUUAUGCCACCAGAACUUUCAUAUUUUGCAGGGACUUUUCCUCACCCUUUCAUAUAAAAUGAUCAGUGUUUUUUGUUUUUUAAUAAAAAAAAUUGAAUGGUAAUAUUAACCCUUCCUCCACCUAGGAUCUUUCAAUGUAGUCUAGAGAACUGUAAAUACUCUUUGCAUGGACAUCUGGUAAAUGUUCCUCUGUGCCAACAUGAAUAUAAAAAAAAAAAAAAAGUUAUCCUAUUUAAAGGCACUCAGACCACAUCAGCUCAUUGAAGUGGUCUGAGUGAGUGUCCCUAUCCCACUUAGUACUGCAAUGUAAAACAUUGUAUUUUUAGAGAAACUCUGGGCAUACUGACCACUCGGUCACAUCAGUCAUGGAUGGAAGGGUGCCGGAGCAGCUAUGGCCGGGCUGGAGAGAUCAGAAGAUCUCCACAACCGGCCCAGCAUCAAGUAAGGCAGCAAUGUGUGAGACCUGCUGUAAGCUCUCCUUUCCUGAUUUUAUUCAGUUUCCCAGUUGGAGCUCUAUUGGAUAAGAGGAGGGGAAAUGUCCUCCUCCCUAAGCACCUUCCUCACUGUGAAGAUGAAACGUGGGGUUAAACCCCAUAUGCCCCCUUUCAGCUUUUUCCAAGAGCAGCACCUAACCUGAGAGACAUGGAGCAACAACCAGCUUUCCAUCCACUGCAAGGAGUGACAGUGGUCUUGUGUGCUAAAAAAGUUAGUUUUAAGGUUGUUUUUUUUAACAAAGAUUAAUUUUCAACAAGAAACAUGCAAUUCUUCCCCCAUAUUUUUUUUUUUUUAAUUUUCUCUUUUGUAUUGUUAUUGAAAAUGUAUUUAUAAAAACGAUUUGAAAGAAAAAUACAUUUCUUAAAGGGACACUAAAGUCACCAGAAUCGCUACAGUUUAAUGUAGUUGUUCUGGUGUCUUUAGCCUGUCCCUGCAGGCUUUACACUGUAAACACUGCCUUUUCAGAGAAAAGGCAAUGUUUACAUUGCUGCUUAGUAACACCUCUAGUGACAGUCACGUAGACGGCCAUUAAAGUCCUAGGUCAGAGCUGCACAGUGUGCAGCAGCCAUGUUCAGCGUCUCCAAGCUCUGCAUGGAGGCGCUGAAUGCUCCUCAUAGAAAUGCCCUAAUUCAUUGCAUCUUUAUGAAGAGAUGUUGAUUUGCGCAGCGUAUUUUGCUGCGCAUGUGUAAUAUCCUCCCAGUGCUUUCCUAUGGGAAAGCAUUGUCUUUGCUGAGAUCAUAAAGAUUUAUCAUCUCAGCCAUGGAGGUAGGACCAGUCGCGGCAAAACUGGCACAGCGUGGGAAAAGUGUGCGUAAAAACACCUUUCUCAUUCGAUCGGAGGGGGCAGGUACCUAAACAGACACACACACUCUGACAGACAUACCCUGGCAGGCACACACUCUCGGACUGAGACACACACUCUCUGUGACAGACAGACACACACACACAUUUUCUCACACAUUCACAAAUUGCUAUUUUUUAUUUUAGUUUAAAUCCACCCAGCUUCCUUACCUUUGGGAAAGCUUAGUGGAUCUUUCCCUGGGGUCCAGUGAGGCUGCUCUCUAAUCCAGCAGUUCCUUUCUGCUCCCCUGCGCACUCUCUGUAGGGAUGCCAGGGCUGAAGUGAUGUUAUAUUCAUCUCCCAACAUCACUAAACAGUGUGUGAGGGAGCAGAGAGGAACUACAGGAAGAUUACUGCUCCCUCAGGUGACUCCUCCAUUCUCCCCCUGACAGCCAGCUUCAAAAUUCCCUGCGGCGGCUGGCCUCCUGCAUGCCCCCCCUGGAAGCCAGCUUCAGUGUUCCAUGCAGCGACAUUCUUAGCUAUAGUACUGACAAAUGAUAAAUCCCAGUUGCCAGGUCACCAUGGUGACAAGAAAUUUCGCCCUGGCCCCUGUGAUUUGUCUAGCCCUGCUUUAUGGUCUAUUCAAAUUUCUCAUCACAGCAUCAGGAUCACUCUUAUCUGGUGAUUUAAAAAUUAUAAACCACUAAAGUUUUGUUCAAAAUGGUGCAGUAUCUUGAUAAAAUAGUUUUUGUUUUUUUAUUAAGGACAAGCAGUGUAGAAAACACUAGAGAAAGAAAGAACCAUUAGUUAGUGAGUAAUAUGCGCAGUCAGUUUAACCCCUUAAGGACACAUGACAUGUCAUGAUUCCCUUUUAUUCCAGAAGUUUGGUCCUUAAGGGGUUAAAGUAGUGCUUCAUGAAUGUUAAAAGAUACAGUGAACUCUUAAUUUUGAGUAAUUCACAUAGAUCUUUAGGACUGCAUUUCUAACAGUUCUAUUUGUCUCCUUCUCAGACUGCCACACUUCGUCCAUACCUCUGCGCAGUCCGCUCCACGUUGGAGGUGGCAGUAUGCCUGGAAAAUUUCUCUUCUCAGGUUGUGGAGCGACAUAACAAGCCUGAAGUUGAAGUCAGGUAUGAUGGAAAGCUUUUAAUCUUUUUCAUAACUGAUUUUCUGCUGUGUAAAUGCCAUUCUAAUGGACAUGGUGGUGGUAGGGAAGAAGGGUAAACCCAUAAAUCUUUUGGUUUUACAGCAAUCCAAGGAGCCCGGCCCUUUAGCACGCUCUCGUUAUUUUCAUGAUACGAAGUAUUAUCCCAUAAAUCUCUACUCAGUGUGGGUUUAUGGAAUAUGUGGUUAAAGGGAUACCAUAGUCACCCAAACAACUUUUAGCUUACUGAAGCAGUUUUAGUGUAUAGAUCAUGCUUCUCAGGUUUCACUGCUCAGUUUACUGCCGUUUAGGAGUUAAAUCACUUUGUUUCUGUUUAUACAACCAUUGCCACACCUCCCCUGGCUCUGAUUGACACAGCCUGCAUGAAUAAACUGGUUUCACUUUAAAUCACAUGUAAUUUACCUUACACAAUUGUAUCUUUCUCUAUAAAUUGAACUUUUAAUCACAUACAAGAGGCUCUUGCAGGGUCUAGCAAGCUUUUAACAUAGCAGGGGAUAAGAAAAUCUAAAUUAAACAGAACUUGCAAUAAAGGAAGGAUAAACAUUAGAUGACUCUUUUUACAGGAAGUGUUUAGGAAGGCUAUGCAAGUCACAUGCAGGGAGGUGUGACUAGGGUUCAUAAACAUUGUGAUUGAACUCCUAAAUGACAGAGAAUUGAGCAGUGAGACUGCAGGGGCAUGAUAUGUACACCAAAACUGUUUCAUUAAGCUAACGUUGUUUUAGUGACUAUAGUGUCCCUUUAAGCAUGUGACUUUAAUUCUUUUCAUCACACAGAAUGAAUAGAAUUGCUGGCUAAGCUGGUAGCAGGUACACCACGCUACUGUUGGUUUACCUACUACUAAAUUAUAUAUAUUAUUUUUUUUGGGGGGGUGGAAUGUCAGACAAUUGUAGCUCAGGUUCGUUCACAGUAAAGGAACAUAGUAUGAAGGAUGCAAACCUGUAAUGCUAAUUAUUUAAACUUGUCCCUAGUUAUUUAUAGGUGCCCCUCCUCCCCCCACUCCUAUUGUACUUUUUCCUUCCAAUAAAUAUAAAAUAAAGUUUUCUUACUCACCAUUGUCCUGCCCACCUCUUACGUCAUCGAGGAGACCUGGCCUCCUCUUGUGAUGCUCCCUGAUACGCAUACUUGGCAAGUGCAGUGUAUGAAUCCAUUGCUUCAUAGGUAUUAAAGUGAUUUCCUAUGAGCUUCCGCAACACAUGACCAAGCUUUACAUUGCAGUGUUAAAAACGACAAACCUACUGCACCCAAACUACUUAAUUAAGAUGAAAUGAGCUUGGUGACCAGUGGUCCUGUGCAGGAGCCUACCUGUAACAGAUCUCCAAGUAGCAGUACAGCACACUUGCCACCUGAGGGCUUUAGUCUUCUAACUACUUUAGUGUUGCAGUCUGAAACUUUUUAUUCCUCUCAUUAGCUCACUACUUAUUGUAAUCAUUUUUACAUACCAUUGUCAAAAAAAAAUAAAAAAUUGUAAUUUCUGUAGCAUUGAGAGAGUCGUUGACAGAGAGAACUGAGGCUAACACUAUAUGCAUUUGCAAAUAUUGUUUUGGGAGCUUCUUUAGUUUAGAAAUAGGGCCCCCUAGACUCUAAAAAAACGGUAAUAGGGCCCCCUAGACUCUAAAAAAGAACCAUAUCCAUUGCUCUUUUCCUUAUAAGAAACAUGGACUUGCUUCCUGCAAGUACACAAUCAGAAUAAGCGGAUCUAAUAAAACCUUGAUUACUUUGUCUGCAUAUUUAUUGUUAUUUCUGUUAUCAAGUAUUUACUUUUUUUUUUUUUUUCUCCACCUUAGGAGUAGCAAAGAGCUGCUGUUACAGCCAGUGAUUAUAAGUAGGAACGAAAAGGAAAAAGUUCUUAUUGAAGGAUCCAUUAACUCUGUGCGUGUCAGCAUUGCUGUAAAACAGGUGAGUGUAACUGGAAUGUCAAAAGCAGCAUUUUUGGUUUUCCAUGUAGCUGUCCUUUUAUUUGUCGACAAGAUGUAAAAUGAAAAUCUUCUUGAAAAAGAGUGACUGGGUCUGCUUAGUUGAAUUUGAAGUGCAAAGACUAUUAAAAUACAAAUAGUUUUAAUGACAUGGCAAAUAUCAUUAGACAAAUUAUCUAAUUAUGGUAUUUUUAAUAAAGGUUGGAAUUAAUGUAUAUUGACCAAUGAGUAUUUAGGGGCACAACAUUAGGGAAGAGCCCCUUCAGCAAAGUACAUGUUGUUUAUACUGUGAUGAAGGCCUCGUGGCUAUUGGAUGUGUAGAUAGAAUUGUAACGCAGUGUACUUAGCAGUGAGAUUAAGAUAAUGUAAAUGGAAUGUCUCCUGCAGAGACAGUGGGCUACUAGGAAUCAUUUGCUUUGUUGGGCAGGCUCUUAUCUAAUUAAGGUGGGGAGUCUUUCUGAGAUGUAAUGUUACAUGUAAAAUUCACAUGAAUUUAGAACCUUUGUACAUACUCGGUAAGGUCAGAAAGAUUUACUAACCUGCUACUGUUUGUAAUGGAAUAUACACAUCGUUCACUUUUUUUUUUUUCCAACAAGUCCUGUGAUUGCCAAUAAUUUAAUUUGUAGAAUUAUUGUUUUUUAUUCAUUGCAUAUUAUUGUAGAACUAUUGGUGCCCAAAAAGUAGAUGCCCAGAUGUUGAACUACAAAUCCAGAAUGCUUGUCAUGCUUUUAGAAUGACAAAGAAUCAUGGAAGCUGUAGUUUUAAAACAUCUGAGGAUCUACCUCUUGGCCACUCCUGAUAAAUAGGGUAUGCUGAGUUAUUAAGGCCCCGUUUGGUCUAUAUAUCAGAGAGGUUAUUUUGGAGUUCUGUAACACAAUAGCCACACUUUGAUAAGUUUUGUAUAUGUGGUUAUUUUUGUAUUUACAUUAUUUUCUUACAUCAUGAUAACAAGUGGCAUUAGUUUGCCACUAGCAAAAGUAUAACUCAUCUUUUGCUAUCGAUUAGUCUCCAAUUUAUUUUUUGGGGUUUAUUUAUUUUUGUUAGCAGCCUGAUUUUGAUCAGUGUUCUUUUUUCACAAAAUAUUAGCCAUAAUGGUGCAUCUCAUAUUGGCCUUGAUUUAACAAGCAUACCAUAUGAUUUAUCUAUAAAUAUUCCCAUAGUCUUUAAUGGAGACUUCUAAAGAUAAACUAGUUGAUUUUUUUUUUUUUUUGUAAUGGUAUUUGAUAAUUCGGGAAGUUUAUUAAAGUAAUUCAUGUUUUUUGGUUUUUUUCGGCAGGGGGUUUUGGAGGUUUUUGGUUUGUAACUGGAGCGCAAGCUCUUUCAUAGAACGAUUGAAGAAAGCUUAUCAUGGUAAUAGGGACUUGUAUGACACAUACAGGCCUUACCAUUGCUUUCCCCUCUGAUUUUAACCGAGCAGGUGGUGCGCUGAUAGCUGCAGCAAUUUUAGAAAAUUACUGCAACUCGGGAUUCUAGGAGAUAAUUUGAGCAAAAAUGCUUAUUUUAAAAUAUUUGAAAGGGGUGUGUUUCCAAAAAUCACAUGAUGGUGAAGGAGAUGAUGAUGUAGGUCGAAUGAGAAAAAAAAAUCACAUAUGACAUCAUGAACAACUUCAUGUAGACACAGAGGUUUUGAAGAAUAGAAAAGUGUGAGAGAACUGGUGGGAUGUGUGUGCAAUCUAUAGAAAUGUACAAAAUAGGUAGGUGAAGAGCAUACUAAGUGAGGGAGACAUUUUUGCAUCCAUGUACCUUCUUGGGUUUAACAUGCAAACAUUAGAGCAUCUGCAGAUUAUCGAUUUUAGAGGUACUUUCACUUCUAUCUCCCCUGCCAAUGAUACAUGAACAUUAUAAUUUGCUUUAUUUUCCAGGCUGAUGAAAUUGAAAAGAUCUUGUGCCAUAAAUUUAUGCGCUUCAUGAUGAUGAGAGCUGAAAACUUUUUCAUCUUGCGCCGAAAGCCUGUAGAGGUAAGAGCUCUCUGCUGGUCAUGCAGCCUUUGUGAUGUUCUUGCUAUUUGUUUCCAAACUCACUGUUCCAAGAGAGAGAACUCCUCUUUAAAGGAGAAAUUUAGGUGAGCACAAAGCAGUGCAUAUAAAGGGAUGCUAUAGUGUUGGGAAUAAAAAGUUACUGCCAUCUGGUCCCCCUCUCCAUUGCGCCCCUUCCACCAGCGCACAAAGGGUUUAAAAAUUUUUUUUUUUUUUUUUUUUAAAUCCCCCUCCCUCGACUCUGGGUUGGCACUUCUCCUCCUCCUCCCGCCACUGGUGCAUUACGCUCUGCCAAUGCUGGAUGUCCUCAGGCAGAGCUUGAAAACCUCCAGCGUCAUGUGACCUAGAGUCUGGUAAACUUCACGAGUCGCCUCUAGUGGCUGUAGAGGAUGUCUCAGUCCUGCAAAUUAAACAUUGCAGUUUCUCUAAAACUGCAAUGUUUUACAUUGCAGGGCUAAAUGGGAGAGGUGCUCUGCACACAGACCACCCAGACUACUUCAAUGUGCUGAAGUGGUGUGGAUGCCUAUAGUGUCCGUUUUUAAAGGACACACAAAGCAUUAUAGCCACUACAAGUUGCGGUUACAGGAAGCUCAUCUUGGGGGGGGGGGUUUUGUUCUUUUUUUUUUGUUUUGUUUUGUUCUUUCUGGCCACUAUCUCUUUUAAAAAAUAAAUAAAAAAUGUUUAUUAACCUGACAGAUUCUUCUGCGUAUGUCCAAAAGUAUUUCUUGGCUAGGCUAUUGUAUUGACUUGCCACCACUUGCACUCCUAGUUCAAGGCAUACUUUAGGUUACAGGUAAAGGUCACAGCAGAUACCUUUGUAUUUGUUACAGUCUCCAGCCUGGAGUGUAUAAUCAUUUGACCUCCUGUAGUGGAGAGUAUUCGGCAUUCAAAGCCAAAUAAGAUUUAAUUUUUUCUUGUUUUUACCCUCUGUCACAUGUUUCAUAAUUCCUAUACGUUUCAAAUGUGCUCCUGGGUAACAUUGCUCAAUCAGUCUCUCAAUGGGGCUCUAUUCUCUUACCUAAAGCACAUCUUUCAUUCUUUUUUUUUUAUUUUUAUUUUUUAUUCUUUUUUGUCGUGCAGGUGAGUACCUUGCAGGUUAAACGCCACAACAGCGUACACGUUAUUUACAUGACAAACAGUGGCAUGAGUAGAAGCACGUUUUAUAUUAUAAUGCAUAUACAAGUGUAGUAAUGUUUACAUAUGGCAGGUUAAGUGCAAGUUGGGUACAUAUAUCUAAUGCGGUGUGUCAAGUUGGGAUCUACAAGUACUCCGACAGUACUCAAAGGUUUCUGCUCAGAUGAGUAGGAAUGUGCUUGUGAGGGUUUUAAAGACACGGCUUAGUCGCCGUGGUGCUACCGUGCUAUCUGAGCAUUGACCCAGCGUUAAAUUAUAUGCGUAGUUAAACUUAAUGCGUUCAAACUAUAACAUGUAAAAACAAUGCCAACAAUGUCAUGAGAAGACUGGGCUGCCUUUUUUCUAACUAGAUAUGAGGAUUGUGUGGGCUAUGAGGCGAUUACUUGCGCUCAAUGGUAAAUGUGUAUGGGCUGCUGGAAAUUAUGCUUUUUGCAUAUGCUAGCUGUGAGUGGGUCAUCUGGCUAAUUAAGAGCAUCAAGGUGAGCACGUAUAUAAUUUCAUGGUAAUGUUAUUUCUGUUGGUUAAGCUAUAAAAAUUUAAAAAAAAAAUAAUAAAAAAAAAUAUAUAUAUAUAUAUAUAUAUAUAUAUAUAUAUAUAUAUAUAUAUAUAUAUAUAUAUAUAUAUAUAUAUUAUAUGAAUGAUAAUGUCACCACAUUUGGGCUGAAGUCCAAAGGGUAUUGGUUUGUGCAUGGGUAAAGACAUACCUGUAGAAAUGCGGUAGGUGAGAGUCCCAGUUUAAAGUGUGUCUGACUGAGGUGGGCUUUGUAUGUUGGGGGUAACGUCCCAGUGGUUUAAAUGAAAGUCCUGGCAGUUCAUUCAGGUGUCGGCUGCAUCCAUGGGUGCUUCGGUCAGUCGUCUGGGAAUGAAUUCCGCUGCACUGGCUGUGCCCCAAUUCGGUGGGAUCUUGGGUCGUUCUGUUGGCCCUGGUAGUGAUAAUGAGUCCGUGGUGAGAUCCAGCUGUCCCAGUAUCGCCGGUGCUUCUUGCAUGUGUCGCGCUGUGAGUGUGGUGUCACCCUUGGUAAUCAGCAAGGUGUGAGUAGAGCCCCAGCGGUAUUGUAUGUGGUGAGCUCGCAGGAGGGAUGUUAGCUGUUGCAGGGUCCUUCUCCGUGCCAGUGUUGCCCCUGAAAGAUCCACAUAGAAGGAGAGAGUCACCUCUUUGUAGAGUUGGAUGGUUUCUAGCGGCCGCCAGGACUGCCGAUCUGUCUUUUAAAGUCUGGAAUUGCAGGACUACGUCUCUCGUGGCUGUGGUUGGGGCUUUGGUAGGCUUAGGGAUACGGAACAUGCCGUCGAGUACUACUGCCUUGGCUAUCUUCGGAGUUAGUAGGGCCGCGAGGAGCCGCCGAAUGACAUGCGGUAGCUCAGCGUCAGGUAUGUUUUCGUUGAUGCCCCUAACCUUAAGGUGUUUUAGUCGGUGUUUGUCUUCGAGCUCGGUAAAUUUUAGGUCGUUUUGAAUAGAUUGCUGUUUCAGCUCCUGCACCUCUUGCUGUAGCUUUUGGAUUUGGCUGGUGUGGGUGCUUGAGGUGUCUUCUACGGCUCCUAGUCGCCCAGUUAGGCCCCGCAGUGUGUCCCUAAUCGAGGCAACAUCCGCUGAGCUUUUGUUAUGGUGUUCCGCCAUAAGUUCUCUGAUGGCCUCCAUGCUCACUGGCGUGGGGGCCGCGGCUGGAGGCGGGUGUUGUGAUCGGGCUGGCGGUGAGUUAUGCCUUGCCAGGGCGAGUUCCCCUCCGUCUUCAUCGGACGUCUCGGCAUCGAAAUCAGAGCAUUCGCCGUGUAAGGACGCCAUAUUUGAGCUUGAGGCGCCCUUGGCCUGCCGCCACAUCUCGUCGAUGUUCAUGCCCAUCAUGGGCUUUUCGGGCUUGAGUUUUGUUUUGUUUUUUCCCCAUUGGGCUUGUGUUGGUGUUGUGGUCACCAUUCUUUUACAUCUGUAAUUAUUAUUAUUUUAUAAAGCGCCAACAAAUUCCGUAGCGCUGUACAAUGGGUGGGCUAACAGACACGUAUUUGUGACCAGACGAGUUGGACACACAGGAACAGAGGGAUUGAGGGCCCUGCUCAAUGAGCUUAAAUGCUAGAGGGAGUGGGGUAAUGUGACACAAAAGGUAAGGAUAGGGUAGAAAAGUAGGUUGCUAGGAUAGUGUUUUGAUGACAGUUGCAUGUGCAAGGAGGAAAGCUGUUCAUAGUUUAAUUGAUAUGCUUUCUUAAAGAAGUAAGUUUUCAAAGAUUUGUACGUAACUAUCAGGAUCUUAUAUCUUAUGGGAAGCCAAUGUAGGGACUGACAUAGGAGGGAGGUGAAGGCGGACAGGAAGUUGAGCCUCGCCACCGCAUUCAUUAUGGACUGUAACUGGGCAAGUUGGGAACACGUAAAAUCACUGAGAAGCGGAUUACAGUAGUCAAGGCAAGAGAGGACAGUGGCAUGGACAAGCACCUUUACCGUAUCAGGCGUUAAAUAGGGUCCAAUGCGCGCUAUGUUUUUAAGAUGAAAGUGGCAGGAUUUGGCGAUUGGACAUGAGGGGUAAAGAAGAGGUCCGAGUCAAUGAGCACCUAGGCAGCGAGCCUGCAAGGUAGAGCGGAUAGUAGCGGCAUUGACUUUUUAAAAAAUAUAUUUUAUAUAUCACCCAAAAAAAAAGUAAAAUUGCCACAACACAUUGAAUAGAUGUCUAUCUUAAAUAUCCCCUCCCAUUGGUAAAAUAUAUAUAUAUAUAUAUAUAUAUAUAUAUAUAUAUAUAUAUAUAUAUAUAUAUAUAUAUAUAUAUAUAUAUAUAUAUAUAUAUAUAUAUAUUAUUUUUUUUUAUUAUUUUUUUUAUACGUCCAGACUCUGGCACUCAACACAAAAUAAGAGAUCAAAAAUAUAUUACCCGGGUGACUCCAGGCCAAUAAAUAAACAAAUUCAGACAGGAGCACUCACUUGGAUUUUCCAAUAGUGUAUUAAAAAGUAUUCAUCAAUCUACACCCUUCAGGGUCUUUAUCAAGAUAAUGACAGUGCACAAAAUAUAUAUAUAUAUGCAACCCAGUUCCCGAUAUGUAUGUAUAUAUGUAUGUAUGUAUGUGUGUGUAUAUGUAUGUAUGUAUAUGUGUAUAUAUAUAUAUAUAUAUAUAUAUAUAUAAUAUAUAUAUAUAUAUAUAUAUAAUGUGUGUGUGUAUAUUAAAUAUCAAAAAACUUACUGAAAAGGUGAGUGCUCCUGUCCGAAUUUGUGUGUGUGUGUGUAUAUAUAUAUAUAAUUAUUCCAUUGGUUUCUGCUACCAGCAUUCUUACUGUUUUGGGAACUGGGUUGCAUCGCAAUCAUGUACAUCAUGGUGUACAUGAACAUAGAACUUAUGGAAGAUUGUGCACCAAAUGCAGAUUGGAAUUUUGGUAAGAAAGACUGCUCUAAAAGUGCAAUGGAUAAGAUUACAUUCUGUUCUCUUCCUCAAACAAAAACUUUGUGGUGUGAUUCAAUGGAAUUCAACAGUUAAUGAUUGACUACUGUGUUUUGGUCCAAGUUCUGUCAGUAAAAGACUUGUUCUUGUAACCAGGGAUACGAUAUCAGCUUCCUGAUCACAAACUUCCAUACGGAGCAGAUGUACAAACACAAGCUGGUCGACUUUGUGAUCCAUUUCAUGGAAGAGAUUGAUAAGGAAAUCAGCGAGAUGAAAUUGUCUGUGAAUGCAAGAGCUCGUAUCGUUGCUGAGGAAUUCCUUAAGAAUGUAAGAUAUGAAGUUAAUUUUUUAUUUUCAGGUUGAAGUGGGUGCAUAUGUAGAUUUUCUAAAAUUAAAACAAAAAUUGUUGCCACUGAGCAUUUAUAAUACUGGGUUCAUAUUUUCUAUUUAAAAAUGCACUCUAUUUCCAUCCCUUUGUCUCUUUUCCAAGGGUAGACCCUAACAGGCAAUGAUGGAAGGAAAGAUAUGUGUGGUUAUGUAGGCCAUUUCUGUAUUACCUUAAGAUUCUCUAAGCAAAAUUUUCCAAAAUUGCCCCAUGUAAUGUAAGAUAACACUUGCUGAGGGAACUUUGCCAAUUAGUUCCUUUUAAGGGAUGCCAAAGGAAGAUUAUCAGAUCCCGAGCAAUUGGUGCAAAUGACAUUGACAGGUGUUUUUUGCUUUGUUUUGUAGUCCAGGUACAUGCACAUAAUUUCAUUGUUCUAGUAAUUCCAGUAUUGCUGUUUUCCUUACAUGUAUUUUUGUUUACCUUGCAGUUUUAAAGUUUGUGGGAUGCUCUGCAGGAUGUGACUUCCUCGUCUCGCCCAUGGAUCUCUGCAUCACUGCUGAAAAAAAGUCUGGGCUGGGAGUAAUAGGGGGGGGGCUUGCAAUUAAAGUGCGGUAUAGAGAGGCAGUGAUUGUUCGUCAGGGAGACCUCUGGGGGAAAUGUUUAUGGCAUUUACCUUCAUUCCAAUAUCCCCCACAGGAUGGGACAGAAUAUUUUUAUUGUUUAUUUUGAGAGAAAUGUUGUACUUGUCUGAUUCUGUAUUCACUUUCUUUUUUUUUUUUUUUUAAAGUCAUGAAUUAUUUUUUUUAAUUUCUUUUCUGAUAUAUAUUUGCAAACUCUCCAGUAACUUCAUUGCUGUUCACAAUGGGAACAUGGGUGGUAAAGGCAUCUGUUGAAAGCAGCUUGCCUUUUUUUCUUUCCUUUCCUCCCUGCAAAAUGAUAUAUAAUUUAAUUUUUUUUUCCCUGCACAAAAUAAAAUCUGACAAGGAUUGAAUAAACAGAAAAUUGUCGAGGGUUUUGAGUUUCGACAGAAUUCACAGCAGUUCUCUUGCACACUAAGCUUUUGAUCUGCUCGCUUUGUUAUACAAUGUUUGUAACUAAAACAUGGACUUAUCUACAAAUGAAAAAAAUAAACAAGACUGCCAUCAUGUCCACAGGUACUGUAAUAAGAGCAAGAUUAAUUUGCUAUAAUGAAAAUAUGGCUUCGGCAAGCUAAAUGGUUUCAACGGGUGAUAUUGAGCCUUCUGCUCUGAAAAAGUCGUGUAGACUUCUUUUGGUUUUCUUUCAGUAUCCUAUGGUUAGUCCAAGAACUUUAAGACAGAGUUUUGUAAUUGAUUCUUAAAGGUUUACAUAAGGUCAACUUCCAUGUUGUUAUGGGAAUUGGGAUACUGUAAAAUUAUAUUUUGUUUUUAUUUUUGUUCCCCCUCUUUUUCUUGCACUUAACUCUAUAAAACCUUUUUUUCCUGUUUAAAAAUAAAGACUUUUUUUGUCCUGUCUCAGUUUGCACUUUUCUAUAUGGUCUUUAAAGGAAUUCUAACAAACAAAUACUUUUAAAAAGUAAGGGGUU